AUGGCAGACCAUCGGGUGCCAGACAUUGUCUUGCGAAACAAUGCUGAAAACGCAUCUUCUCGAAAACCUCGUAGUAAUUCGAAUUUUACCGCAAUAGAAAAAUCAACGCAUCCUGCAAAUGAUAUGAAAAGAAACAAUGCAUUGAGCAAUGCUUUUGUUACUGAUGAGAUAUACGAUUCAACAAAAACAUUCAUAUCUGAUCAGUUUAUGUCCUCAAAUGGUAGUCUUGCUGCAACCUCAUCUGCUGCUCUGCUAGUUGGAGUAAACUCUGGUGAUAAAAUCCCAUCUAUCAACAUUCAUACUGCAAAAUACCAGAUUUCUACAUUGGAUUCUAAACCAAGCCUAUCAUCAAGAAUCAAUGCAUCUACACCUGAACCAUAUUCCUCUUCAAUCCAACAGCCUCAAAUACUGGACCUUCGUACCUCUUCUCAAUCGACUCCAUUAACAUAUGCACUUGGUUCAGAUCUUUUAUCAGCAACGCCAUCAUAUGCUCAUCCCAUCGCCAACGAACCUGGGCUAACAAUAAAAGGAUUGUAUGAAUACAUAAAAAGCGAGCUUACUAGUUCAGAUUUUGAUGAGAGUCAGGAUUUUAAGACUGAACGAAUUCGCAACUUUCUUAAUGUUCCUCGCGAGUUGGAAAAGUUUAUGUACUUGGGAUACCUUAUUUGUCUCGACUCUUUUCUCUAUAUAUUCACAAUACUUCCCAUGCGUGUACUGAUUGCAUCAUGGUGGUUGAUAUGCUGGUGCUUUGGUGGCAAAAAAAUGAAACCAGCACAAAAAACGGAUUUGAUAAAAGGUGCACUAGUUUUUAUUUGUACAUACAUUUUGCAUUAUUUCGAUGCAUCACGGCUGUAUCACUCUGUUCGAGGCCAGGCACUAAUCAAGCUCUAUGUGAUCUUUAAUGUUCUUGAGAUUUGCGAUAAACUAUGCAGUGCAUUUGGUCAUGAUAUUCUAGACUCGCUGUUUUCAUUGUCGCAUUCUCGUAAAAAAUCUGCUGCUGCAACAAGAAGAAUAAGCAGAUUUACACACUUUAUAGUUGCAGUCUUGUAUAUAUUUGCACAUUCACUUGUUCUGUUUUACCAAGUCAUGACCCUGAACGUUGCCGUCAAUUCGUUCAACAAUGCACUCAUGACUUUGUUACUAAGCAAUCAGUUUGUGGAAAUUAAAGGAAGCGUAUUCAAGCGAUUUGAAAGAGAAAAUCUAUUUCAGUUGAGCUGCAGCGAUAUUGUUGAGCGAUUUCAGCUUUCUGUCUUUCUCAUCAUUAUUGGAAUUAGAAAUUUCAUUGAGCUUGUUGGUGGAGAAACCAUUGCGUCUUUUCCAACCUAUAUCUAUGAGGUGUAUAAAAGCAUGCCAUCCAUUUUGUGGAUAUCCGAAAAAGUAAUGCUGCUUUUUCCAAAAAAAAUUCCCACAGAUCCAACACAGGUUUGGACAGACUUUCAGGUACUGGUCGCUAGCACAAAUCAUAUUAUUACGCGAGUGCUGUCUUUACAAGAGUACAAGCUUGUCGAAACCAUUCUUGGGCCAAUUGUAAUUGUAUAUCUUACUGAAAUCUUGGUCGAUUGGCUAAAGCAUGCAUUCAUUACCAAAUUUAAUGGAAUAUCACCAACCGUAUACGAGCGCUAUCGUAACAGCCUUUGUCGAGAUUUGCUGGGUGGUGGGAAAAAAAUUGCGCAUGUUUUAGAGGAUGAAACAAUGAAAAUGUCAUCUGUUGAUCGUUCUCCAAUUGUUGCUCGUCGCAUUGGAUUUGUAUCCAUCCCUUUGGCUUGUUUGGUUAUUAGAGUUGCAAUUCAGACCAUGCAAAUGAUUUCAAUUCAUAGCAAAGCGCAAGAUACGUUUAUGCCAGAACCAAUGACUAAUAAUAGCAAUGAUGACGGCAUAGUUGGCUGGCAAAUUCCAUUCACAAUACCACCGUGGCUUAAUUCAGAAGGAUUUUCACUGUUGCUGAGUCGCUUUUCAAUCUUCGACUCUCUGUUAUGGGCUAUACCGCUCUAUUUUGCACUCGUCAUUUUUAAACUUUGUCUUGGGCUGCAUUUGCUACGUUUGGCAAAGCUUAGGCUUGAUAGUGCAUCAGUCGAUAUGGCGGCUGGUAGAUCAUCCUUUUCUACUACUCCUAUUGCAAAUGCAGAUAUGUUGUCUAAAUUUCCUACACUUGGUUCACGUCUUCGAAACGAAUCCAUUAUAUCCAAAGGAACUCCAGUUGCGAUGACCAGUACUGAUAUCCCGAUUGUAGCUGACCCGAUUUCUGGCACUUUACGUAAAGCCAGUGCUAGUAUUAUACCAACUGCAUCACAGCCGAUACGAAAAUCUGUCGACUCCACCGCAACACGUCGUUUAGUAGAAUCUGUUCAUCAGCUUGAAGAUACCCCUACAGCCUAUAAUCAUGCCUUUUCUAAAGAACUUGCACCAUCUACUUUAAAAGAUACUGAGCAAGCUAGCAACGACAAUCAGCAGAACGAAUCUGCUCUGACUUCUUUAGGGUCGUCUAGUUUGUCAUUGGAGUCGUUGGAGUCAUUGCAAAAUGACACAGAAAUUACAUCCAAUUUGAUCACUCCACUUUCGCCUGGAAUCAAUGAGGACAAACUUGACAAAAUUGAUAGGUUUACCAUGGUCAAGAGUCGUAUUGUAUGAUUUAGCUUUUUGUAACCGUGUAAAAUAUGAUUCCUGUUUCCACUAUUUAGGAUGAAUAAAGCUAUAAAACGCCAUUUGUUUAUUG